AGUAAUGCCAGUGUGCUCUCGGUGACUCGACUCAUGGAUCUGCAUCUUUCCGCAGACUGUCAGUGGAUUGACAUAUAUGACAGCUCGCCUAUGUCAAAACGACAGGAGAGUAAAUUGGAAAUAAUCCUGUGGACCAGAUAUGCUACCAUGGGCAUUUUUCUGAUGCACUUUGCAACUUUAUAGUUAUUUCAUAGAGAUACAACUGAUAAGGAUGAAAAGUUAUUUGAUUAAUUUUAACAGAGAAAAAAAACAUGGCAUUACAAACUUCGAAUGACACUUCCUUGUCAACAUUCCUGGACUGUCUGCCACGCCUGCAGAGCAAAUCAUCCAUGAACGCAUCUGGAAAUAUGAGCAAGGAAGUUACCAAUACCACCUGUACCAAUGCGUCUGUCAUCACAAAACCCCCAUCCGCACGACAAAAAGAGAUGGACUCGGUGCGCAUCCUGCUCUACUCUCUCAUCUUCCUGCUCAGCGUCUUUGGCAACCUUCUGAUCAUUGUGGUCCUGACGGUCAACAAGCGCAUGCGCACGGUCACUAACUCCUUCUUGCUGUCGCUGGCGGUCAGUGACCUGAUGUUGGCUGUCUUCUGCAUGCCCUUCACGCUCAUCCCAAACCUGCUGGAGGACUUCAUCUUCGGAGCCGCCAUGUGUAAAAUGGUCACCUACUUCAUGGCGCUCUCCGUCAGCAUCUCCACCUUCAGCCUGGUCGCCAUUGCGACCGAGAGGUACAGCGCCAUCUGCAACCCGCUGAAGUCGCGGGCAUGGCAGACUCGUUCCCACGCCUACCGGGUCAUCGCUGCCAUCUGGGUGUUGUCGUUGGUCAUGAUGGUGCCCUACCCAGUGUUCAGCCACCUCAAGUCCUUCCCCAAACCUGACCGAACUACGGGCCACAUGUGCCGCCUGGAAUGGCCAAGCGGUGGGGUAGAACAGACGUGGUACAUGCUGUUGCUUUUAAUCUUGUUCUUCAUCCCUGGGGUGGUAAUGAUCGUUGCCUAUGGACUCAUCUCCAGAGAGCUGUGCCGGGGGAUGAAGUUUGAGCUGGACCAAAACAGAGAGAGCAGUGCACUGAAGAACGGAGUAAACACCACCGUGACCAACGACACAGACGAUGAUGGCUGCUACAUCCAGAUGCCGAAGAAGCCACCGUCCAUGGAGCUGUCUACCCUCACCACCCCUACUCCGGCCCCUCCCAAACCCAGAGCGUCCACUGAGCACCCUCGAAGCAAUAGCUCGGAGGCUAAACUCUUGGCCAAGAAGCGCGUGAUCCGCAUGCUCAUCGUCACUGCCGUCCUCUUCUUCCUCUGCUGGAUGCCCCUGUACACGGCCAACACGUGGAAGGCUUUCCACAUCAGCUCAGCCCACCGGCUCCUCUCAGGGGCACCCAUCUCGUUCAUCCACCUGUUGAGCUACACAUCGGCGUGCGUUAACCCCGUUAUCUAUUGUUUUAUGAAUACACGCUUCCGCAAGGCGUUGAUCACCACCUUUGCCCACUGCCGUCCGCCCUGCUGUCGGCGCCGCCGGGGGAGGCGGGGCGGCAGGGAUGAUGAGAUGACAGUGACAGGGACUAUUGGUCCUUCGUCCAUGUCCAAGAUCAGCUAUACCACAGUGAGCAGCCCAGGGACCUACUGAUUAUUUGUGAAGGGGAAUAGGGGUACAGUGUCCACAUUAGGACAGCCUCAGUCUCACCAGGACUUCUUCCUAAUAUGGACCCUGUAUAGGGGGAACACAGGGGGCUGUAGCAUUGGGUACACAGGUAGUUGUGACCAAGGAUGGCAACCGACAGAAUGCUUGGGCUUUCUUUGCUUGUUUGCUCCUAUCUGAUUAGCUGCAGGAGUUUAUGCUCUUUGUGGAACACUUUAUUGACUGUCAAGUGUCUGUGGUCUACAGUGGGCAUCAUAAAUAUUCAACCCCCUUGGA